CUUGGCCACUGACAGCAAAGCUCCGCCAUUCCAGUCACAAUUCUGCCUUCACAGGAACUGCAGAAACCGGACUCUGCAAACUUCUAGAAGUAGGAGGAAAAAUGACCACGUUAAAGGAGGAACUAAGCUUCAAGGACGUAGCUGUGGUCUUCACCGAGGAGGAGCUGGGGCUGCUGGACCCUGUCCAGAGGAGGCUGUACCGAGAUGUGAUGCUGGAGAACUUCAGGAACCUGCUCUCAGUAGGGCAUCACCCCUUCAAGCAUGAUGUAUUCUACUUAGAAAAGGAAAAAAGGCUUGAUACGGUGGAGGCAGCAACCCAAAGAAAAGAGAAAUCAGCAGACAAGAUCCAAAGUGAGAUGGAGACUAUUCCAGAAGCAGGACCACAUGAAGAGCUUUCCUGCAGGCAAAUCUGGCAACAAAUUGCAAGUGAUUUAGCCAGGUGUCAAAACUUCAUGAUAAAUAGUUCUCAGUUUCCCACCCAAGGUGAUUUGUCCUACCAGGUUGAGGCAGAACUAUCUAUAACUCAAACAGGACAGAAACUUCACCAGUGUAAUGAAUGUAAAAAAUCCUUCAGUGAUGUCUCCAGCUUUGAUCUUCAUCAACAGUUACAUGCAAGAGAGAAGUCUCAUACAUGUGAUGAGUGUGGAAAAAGCUUCUGUUAUAGCUCAGCUCUUCGUAUUCAUCAGAGAGUUCACAUGGGAGAGAAACGUUAUAAGUGUGAUGUGUGUGGUAAAGAAUUCAGUCAGAGCUCACAUCUGCAAACUCAUAAUAGAGUCCACACUGUAGAGAAACCAUUUAAAUGCAUGGAAUGUGGGAAAGGCUUCAGUCGUAGAUCAACACUUACUGUGCAUUACAAACUACACACAGGAGACAAACCUUAUAAUUGUGAGGGAUGUGGUAGGGCCUUCAUACAUGCUUCCCAUCUUCAGGAACAUCAGAGAAUCCAUACUGGGGAGAAACCAUUUAAAUGUGAUACAUGUGGUAAGAACUUCCGUCGUAGAUCAGCACUUAAUAAUCAUUGCAUGGUCCACACAGGAGAGAAACCAUAUAAAUGUGAGGACUGUGGGAAGCGUUUCACUUGUAGUUCAAAUCUUCGUAUCCAUCAGAGGGUCCACACAGGAGAGAAACCUUAUAAGUGUGAAGAAUGUGGGAAGUGCUUUAUUCAACCUUCACAAUUUCAGGCUCAUCGGAGAAUCCACACUGGAGAGAAACCAUAUGUAUGUAAAGUAUGUGGUAAGGGCUUUAUUUAUAGUUCAAGUUUUCAGGCCCAUCAGGGAGUCCACACUGGAGAGAAGCCAUACAAAUGUGAUGAGUGUGGGAAGAGCUUCAGGAUGAAAAUCCAUUAUCAAGUUCAUCUGGUAGUCCAUACAGGAGAGAAACCCUAUAAAUGUCAGGUAUGUGGGAAAGCCUUCCGUCAGAGUUCAUAUCUUAAAAUCCAUCUGAAAGCACACAGUGUGGAGAAACCUUACAAGUGUGAGGAGUGUGGGCAGGGCUUCAAUCAGAGUUCACGACUUCAGAUCCACCAGCUAAUCCAUACUGGUGAGAAACCAUACAAAUGUGAAGAGUGUGGAAAGGGAUUCAGUCGUAGAGCAGAUCUUAAAAUUCAUUGUAGAAUCCACACGGGAGAGAAACCAUAUAAUUGUGAAGAGUGUGGGAAGGUCUUCAGUCAAGCCUCACAUCUUCUGACCCAUCAGAGAGUCCACAGUGGAGAAAAACCAUUCAAAUGUGAAGAGUGUGGGAAGAACUUUGGUCGGAGUGCACACCUUCAAGCCCAUCAAAAAGUCCACACUGGAGAAAAGCCGUACAAAUGUGAGGAGUGUGGGAAGGGCUUCAAGUGGAGCCUGAAUCUUGAUAUGCAUCAGAGGGUGCACACAGGGGAGAAACCAUACGCAUGUGGAGAAUGUGGGAAGCAUUUCAGUCAGGCCUCAAGUCUUCAGCUUCAUCAGAGUGUCCACACUGGAGAGAAACCGUACAAAUGUGAUGUGUGUGGUAAAGUCUUCAGUCGGUCUUCACAACUUCAGUAUCAUAGGCGAGUUCACACAGGGGAGAAACCUUACAAAUGUGAGCUAUGUGGGAAGAGCUUCAGCUGGAGGUCAAAUCUUGUAAGUCAUCACAAAAUUCAUGCCGGUGAUACAUUUUAUGAAAGUGACGAAAGUGGCAAGAACAUCAGAGAAUUGUCAGAGGAAGGAAGUUCUACAAAGUGAU